UAAUGAUAAUUGAUCGCGUUUAGCUUUUAUUUAUGCAUAUUACAAAGCUAUUGAACAGCGAAGUCAGAAUAUGCGAAUAUGAAACCAACUUCGCUGCAGAAAUAUUAUAUUGGUCCGUAAUAAUAGUUUUAUUCGAACGUAUUCAUGAUUAAUAAUAUAUGUGUAUACGAAUAUAUGUGCAAGUGUAUUCAGUACUAUAUAAUUACAUACAUUGCUAUCUCAUGCCAGUGGAGUAACUGUCAAGUUAACAUUUCCGGUGGCUGUACCGUUUGCUCGGGAAGGGAUGGAUUCGGUUUAUGUCGUGUUGUGGCGAUGAAUCACGACAUAGUUACUUUUGGGAAUGUAAUAUUGCUGUAAGUCAGACCACAAGAUAACUUUGUUGAGAUUUAGGCAUCUAUAUGUGGCCACGAGGGCUCUCUAGCAGAAGUGUCCCAGAAACACAGAGAUGAGGCUGCAUCCUUUGCUCUUGGUGUUGUUGGUGAGUGUGUUCUGGGGGCCCGGUAGUGCCUCCGUCAUGGUCUCUGAAUGCCAAGACGCCGCUGUGCUGAAGGCCGCCGAGGAGACCCUGGAGAAGAUAAACGCAGACAGACAGGAAGGGUAUGUCCUCUCACUCAACCGACUUUAUGAUGUCAAACUGGACAAAAAGGCAGAAGGCGUGAACCAUUUGCACCUGACGAUAGAUGUUCUGGAAACAGAAUGUCAUGUGAUCAGCAGGAAAAAUUGGAAAUCCUGUGCUGUUAAGGGAAUAGCUAAUGUACCGGUGUUCGGGACAUGUGACGCAUCGGUUUCGCUUCAGAGCUCCAUCAAAGUUGAGGAUUACAACUGCACCAUUCAACAAGUGGCAGCUCGAGCUAUAAUAGACGUUUGCCCCGACUGUCCAACAGCAGAAUGCUUAGAUGAUCCAGUUGUAUCUGAGACCACAAGACUGGCCCUGCAGAAAUUUAACAAAGAGAGCACUUCCCAACAUGUCUUCGCUCUUUUGAAUAUAACAGUAGCCAGCAUGCAGUGGGUUGUGGGUCCGUCUUAUUUUGUGGCGUUCACCAUUCAAGAGACCGAGUGCAAGAAAAGCACUACCGAUAUUGAGCUCGCGCAAUGCAAGCUGAAGGACUCGGAGUCAGCACACAAGGGCUUUUGCACCGGUUCACACAUCAGUUUCGAUUACGAGCUGGAGAGAAAAGUGUCUGUUAGCGUCAAAUGUGAAAUCUUUCAACCAACGCCUGUUCAACAAGGAGCUUUUGGAUCAGUGCAUGUUCUCCCUCCUUCACCCUUCCAACCUGCUCCCAGAGUCCAGCCCAUGGCCGGCAGCUGUCCGGGGGAAAGACGACACCGCCUCGGAUUGACAGAGCUGAAUCUCUGAUUGAAAUCACUUAUAGCUCAGCCCUCCAGCCUGAACAAGCGCUGCAGAUUGUUCACGUUUCCUUAAAGAAAAAUGUGCUGUUAAUUCUUAUAUAUUCUCUAUAUAUUUUUCCAGUACAUAGUUUUUUUGCCUACGCCAACUGUCCAAAUGAAGCACACUACUAUUGUGUAUGUUUCAGAAAUAACAGGCACCUUAAAAAUAGAAAACAAAGUAUAUUUCACUGAAAAUGGAGCCAUGUAUUUUUUUUUUUUUUUUUUUGCAUUGUGACAUUAUUUUAUGACAGCUACACCUAACAUCUUUACAUGUACUUAUUACUGUCAUUCUAAAAUAUUGUCAGCAUCAAUACUGUGAUUUGAAAGCCAAGUAUUAAAAAUAUGAUAUUUAAUAAUUUUUAUAUAUAUAACUUCUUAUAAUUAUAAAUUCAUUAUUAAUUUUAACAAGUGAAUGAUUGUAUUACAAUAAUGAUAAUAGUAUAUUAAUAAUAUUUUUUAUUGAAUUGUCACAAUACAACACUUAUUACUUAAGAAAAACUGUUUGAAUUUAUUUUUUAGCAAAGUGGAAUUGUGAUUUGAAGACUAUGCUAGAUUUUGCUAAACGUGGCCAAUUCAAUAAUAAACCGCUGAAACAAUCAAUCAAAA